AUGGAAGACGGCGAAAUAGAGGAAGGAAUGAUGACGGCGGAGGAACUUCCGAGGUCGGAGAUAGCGACGGAGACUAUCGCACCGCCGCGUAAGGCGGAGAAAUCUCCACUCGAGUUACUUCGAGAGAGCAAAACCUCCGUGGAAGAAAUCGUCGCGAGGAUGCUCUCCAUCAAAAAAGAAGGAAACCAUAAAUCCGAGAUUCGAGAACUCCUCACACAGAUGUUCCUCAACUUCGUUAAUCUUCGUCAGGCGAAUCGUUCGAUUCUCACGGAGGAAGACAAAGUGAAGGCGGAGACGGAACGAGCAAAGGCUCCAGUCGAUUUCACGACAUUGCAAUUACACAAUCUCAUGUACGAGAAGAGCCAUUACGUUAAAGCUAUAAAAGCUUGUAGAGAUUUCAAGUCUAAGUAUCCAGACAUUGAUCUCGUAUCGGAAGAAGAUUUCUUCAAGGAUGCUCCUGAAGCUAUCAAGGAUCAGUCUCUCUCAAGUGAUAGCUCUCAUGUUCUAAUGCCAAAGAGGCUCAAUUUUGAGCUUCAUCAGCGGAAAGAAUUGUGUAAGCAUCGAGCAAGAUUGGAACAACAGAAGAAGAGUUUACUAGAAACCAUUGCAGAGCGUAAGAAGUUUUUGUCAAGUCUUCCUCUACACCUCAAGAGUCUAAAGAAAGCAUCGCUUCCGGUGCAGAACCAGUUGGGUAUGCAGCACACAAAGAAACUGAAACAGCAUAAUCUAGCUGAGCUGCUUCCYCCUCCUCUUUAUGUAAUAUACUCACAGCUCUUGGCACAAAAGGAAGCUUUUGACGAGAGCAUUGAUUUGGAGGUAGUUGGGAGCCUUAAGGAUGCUCAAGCCUAUGCUCGACAACAAUCAAAAAAGGAUUCGGGUGUGUCUAGUCAUACAGAGAGUUCUAGGUUGGAGGAUGAUGGACCUGAUGAUGAUGACGAUGGACAAAGGAGAAGAAAGCGGCCGAAGAAACUUACUAGCAAAGAAGGUUCUGACAAGGCAGGAUUAUAUCAAGUCCACCCUCUCAAAAUUGUCCUUCACAUAUAUGAUGAUGAGAUUCCCGAGACGAAAUCGCUUAAACUUGUCAUUCUCAAGUUUGAGUACUUGCUGAAGUUGAAUGUUGUAUGUGUUGGCGCUGAAGGCUCUCAAGAUGGACCUGAGGAAAAUAUCUUUUGUAACUUAUUCCCAGAUGACGCUGGACUUGAGCCUCCUCAACAGUCGACCAAACUCAUCCUUGGUGAUGGUCAGGCAUUUGAUGAGACCCGAACUUCAAGGCCUUAUAAAUGGGUACAACAUUUGGCUGCGAUUGAUAUUUUACCAGAAGUGUCACCGAUUUUAUUUGGCCAAGAUACUAAUAAUAUUGAGUCAGCUAAAAGUGAUGCAUUUGUGCCUGACCUCUCAUUGUAUCGCCAGCAACAUAGGGUGAAAACAAUUCUGCAAAGAAUACGCUCGCGGAAAAAAGCGCAUCUCGCUCUUGCGGAGCAGCUUGAUUUGCUUAAGAAGCACGAGUUGCCUGUGGUGAACUGUGCAGACGCUCCUUGGGCAUUGCAUAAGGUUCUCUGUGCUUUGGAUUCCUGGUUACUUAUACGAUCUUCAGCUAGUAAGUCGUGCUCUCUGACUCCAAAUAGUGUGGAACAAGUUCCAGAACCUAUGGAAAUCGAUGUGGAUGGAAGAUCUAUUUUGGGAAAGGAAGAUCUUGAAGGUAUACGUGAAGAUGGAGAGCUUCCUUCUUUGGUCACAGCUGCAGCUUCGAUAAACAGUUCCAGUAAUACCCCAUCAAAAGCAUUUAAUCUAGCCCGGUCCAGGCAGUUGGCUUUGAUGACAAAGAACCUAGAUUCUCCAAUUAGCAAAGCAAAGUCACUGAGUUUCAAGAAAUACGAAGAUGAUUUGGAUCUUGUUUUGGAUGAUGAUAGUGAAGUAGAUGAGCCAGCAGGAACAACCGAGGCGCAUGUGGAAGCAUUAUGCCCGGAGAAAGCUGAUGAUUCAUGGGUGGAUUAUGGUGCGAAAGAGUUUGCGCUUGUGUUCUCCAGGAAAACAGAUGGUGGAAUGGUGUGGAAGUUAGAAGCUACGGUCAAAAUUAGCACGGAGUAUCCUCUUCGACCCCCUAUGUUUUCUCUGUCUCUCCAUGCUUCUUCUUCUUCCGGAAAUGACGACAGGACAAAUGAAAGUGACCAUUACAAUGAACUACGAGCUAUGGAAGCAGAGGUGAACCUUCAUAUGUUGAAGAUUGUACCUCUGCAUCAAGAAAAAUAUCUCCUAUCUCAUCAAAUCAGAUGCUUGGCAAUGUUGUUCGACUAUUACAUGGACGACCCAUCUCCAGAUUCCAAAAGAGGAACAUCCACAAGUGUGGUUGAUGUCGGUUUGUGCAAGCCUGUAGACGGUAAGAUUCUUGUGAGAUCAUUUAGAGGCAGAGAUCACCGGAAAAUGAUCUCAUGGAAAGAUAGAGGAUGCGCUUCAGGUUAUCCAUGCUAG